AUGGAAUCUUGUUCAGAUAAAUAUAACAACGAGAUCCAUCUACUCCAUCUCACAGCAGCUAAAUUCAUGGAUCUAAAAGGAACCCAGCUUCUACUUUUGUUGUUUGCUUUUCUGUGCUCUCAAGUGAGAAAACUCAAUGGAGAUUCAAUCCCAGGCUGCAUGCUGAUUGAAAGGAAUGCUCUUCUUGGGUUCAAAGCAGGCCUCAAAGAUCCCACCAACAGGCUAUCUUCUUGGGUCGGUGACGACUGCUGCACAUGGGAAGGCGUCGCUUGUGACAACCCGACUGGCCACGUUGUCAAGCUAGACCUCCAAAACCCAGACCAAGAUUUCUCAUUAUCCAUUGACGAUCUUCCACAGCACAACAAGUGGUCCUUGGGAGGUGAGUUGAGGCCUUCCUUACUUGGUCUGAAGCACCUGAAUUAUCUUGACCUGAGCAUGAACAACUUUGGAGGACUACGCAUCCCAGAAUUCCUGGGCUCAUUCCGUCAGCUAAAAUAUCUUGACCUCUCCUAUGCUGGUUUGGGUGGACUGAUCCCACCCCAGCUUGGGAAUCUAUCGAGCCUCCAAUAUCUUUAUCUCCAAAGUGAUAUCGACAUUAUGCCUCCUGUUACUGAAUUAAGCAUUGAUAAUGCCCUCUGGAUUUCUCAUCUUUCUUCUCUACGAUAUCUGAAUAUGACGGGUGUGAAAUUCAGGGAAGGUGCUCACUGGCUGCAAGCACUAAACAUGCUCCCUUCUAUUGUUGAGGUACACUUAUUAUUUUGUGACAUCAAGGACAUUCCAGCCUCUCUUCCUCAUGUGAAUUUUUCUUCACUUUCUGUUCUUGAUCUUUCUAUGAAUUACAUUAAUUCGAUGAUGCCUGCUUGGUUGUUCAACAUAAGUAGCCUCGAGCAGCUUGAUCUCAGCAACAAUUUUAUUCAGGUCAUCAUUCCGCCUACAAUUAAGAAUCUAGCUUCGCUCAAUUUCCUUGAUUUAUCUGGUAAUCAGUUUCUUGAAGGCAAAAUCCCGGGUGCACUUGGGGGUCUGUGUAAGCUGCAGCAUUUGCGACUGCGGGGCAUUAAUAUCAGCAAAAAAUUGCAUGAAUUUGACGAAGGUUUUAAUGGAUGCAUCAAAAACAGCCUAGAGACUCUGGAGAUGACGGACACCCAGUUUAGCGGUUAUUUGCCGGGCUGGUUGGGGGACUUCAGAAUGCUCAAAGUUCUGGAUUUGAGUGACAACUCAAUUUCUGGUCCUAUACCUACAUCAAUUGGGAGACUGUCGGCACUUCAAGAAUUACAUCUUUCCAAUAAUAAACUGAAUGGGACCAUCCCAGGAAGUCUUGCAAGUCUUGCGGAGCUAGUUUCUUUAGACCUUUCCAUUAAUGAGCUGAAUGGGACUAUCCCAGGAAGUCUUGGAAGUCUUAAGGAGCUAGUUUUUUUAGACCUUUCCAUUAAUGAGCUGAAUGGGACUAUCCCAGGAAGUCUUGGAAGUCUUAAGGAGCUAGUUUUUUUAGACAUCCGGUCGAACUUUUUGGUGGGUGUCGUGUCUGAAGAUCACUUUGCCAAUUUCACCAAAUUGAAUUAUCUAGAUUUGUCAGACAACCAAUUAAUUUUGAAUCUGACGUCUCAUUGGAUCCCCCCUUUUCAGCUUCAAAUCUUAAAUCUUCGUUCUUGCAAGCUGGGACCACAAUUCCCAUCGUGGCUCCAGAUGCAAAAAAAUAUUACCGAUCUAGAUAUCUCCAGCAAUGGAAUUUCAGACAGUGUGCCAGAUUGGUUUUGGGGGUCAUUUUCCCGGAAUAUAACUUCCUUGGAUAUCUCCAGCAAUGGAAUCACUGGUCCUUUGCCAAAUUUUUAUUCUUCUGCUAUGCUGUCGCUAGACCUAUCAAACAAUUCAUUUUCAGGAGUGAUUCAUCCUGGUAUUGGCAAAAGUAUACCUAAUUUGCAACAUCUCUCCCUUUCCACAAAUAAUUUAAGCGGUAAAAUUCCCUUAUCUCUUUGUCGGCCCGAGUUUUGGGUAUUUGAUCUUUCAAAAAAUCACUUGUUGGGUGAGCUCCCUGAUUGCUGGAACCAAUCUUCUGGUAUCACUGUCAUGGAUUUUUCAAGCAACAAUCUAUCUGGAAGCAUUCCACCAUCAAUCUGUUCAUUACAAGGGUUCGAGUCGUUGCAUUUGAGUAACAAUAAUCUAUCAGGAGAACUCCCAUUAUCCUUGAAGAGUUGUGUGAGUUUAGGAACUCUUGAUCUUGGACAUAAUGGAUUCAUUGGUACAAUACCUACUUGGAUAGGAGAAAGUUUGUUGUUCUUGAGUAUCCUUCGCUUACGAUCAAACAAGCUUGUUGGAAAUAUUCCUCCUAAUCUAUCAAGACUAAGUGUUCUUCAAAUCUUGGAUCUUGCUAAUAACAAUUUAUCAGGAACCAUUCCUUCGAGCUUUGAGAACUUCACUACCAUGAAAGUGUUACAGGGGACUUACGGAGACAUUUCAGAUUAUCUUUAUUACAAUGAAAAUUUGCAAGUGACCAUGAAAGGAAGGGACAAUGAGUUUUCCAGAUUCCUUUUUCUUGUGAUUGCUAUGGACCUUUCAGGCAAUAACUUGUCUGGUAAAAUACCAGAAGAACUAGCCAACCUUCUUGGACUAGUGAGCUUAAACUUGUCUGGAAAUCAUCUGACAGGAGAGAUCACAGAAAAGAUUGGUGCAUUACGACAGUUGCAGUCACUUGACUUAUCAAGAAACAACCUUUACGGUGGAAUUCCUUCAAGCAUGAUUGCCCUAUCCUUUUUGAGUUACUUGAACUUAUCAUAUAACAACUUGUCAGGAAGAAUUCCAUUAGGUAAUCAGCUUCAAACCUUCACUGACCCGUCUAUCUACGCUGGUAAUUCUGGUCUUUGUGGGUUCCCAUUAGCUCAAAAGUGCAAAGAUGACAAGACAAAUCAAGGUCCAAAUGCUGUUGGAGGGGAUGAACAAAAUGAUAAUGCCAUGGAUGAAGAAGGAUCUGAAAUCGAGUGGCUGUAUAUGAGCAUGGGGCUAGGAUUCGCAGUCGGUUUAUGGGCCGUUUUUGGUCCAUUAUUAUUCAACAGAAAAUGGAGAGAAGCCUAUUUUCGACUUAUAGAUCAAGUUUAUGAUAUGGUUUACGUGGCCCUGGCAGUGUCCUUCAAUAGGUUGAAAGAGCACAAUGCUGUAGCACGAUUGUUUAUGAUAUGGUCUACAUAA